CGGAGGAUAUUUUACCCCUCUUCCCUCUGCUCUCUCUCUCUCUCUCUCUUAAACCCUGUAAAGCACACAUUUUCCAUUCAGGGGUUUUUCAAUUUUAUCUCCCAUUUAUCUUUCUUCAACAAUCCAAUUUCCAGCACACAAACGAACACACACAUAUUUAUACAUACAUAUAUAUGUAUAUGUAUGUAUAACUAGCGCAAUUUAGUAUUUACUGUUACAAACAUGGCUGCUUCAAGUGCAAUUUCAGUGUGUCCGCACAAGCUUCUAUGGUGCCAACAACCCAAGCCCAGAAAAAACUUCGUUUCCUGCUGUGUAUCUAUCCCUUCAGUAGUUAAGGGUACACAAAGCUCGAAAAUACCCAAUAGAAGGUCUGGAAGAUCAGAAGGACCUGGAAAGAGUAUGGAGGAUUCGGUUAAGCGCAAGAUGGAGCAAUUUUACGAAGGGUCCGACGGACCUCCUCUACGUAUACUACCCAUCGGUGGUUUAGGAGAAAUCGGGAUGAAUUGCAUGCUUGUGGGAAAUUACGAUCGAUAUAUUCUAAUCGAUGCUGGUAUAAUGUUCCCAGACUGUGAGGAUCUUGGUGUUCAGAAGAUUAUUCCCGAUACGACUUUUAUAAAGAAAUGGAGCCACAAAAUCGAAGCUGUUAUUAUUACUCACGGGCAUGAAGACCACAUCGGUGCGUUGCCUUGGGUCAUUCCUGCUCUCGAUCCUCACACACCAAUAUUUGCUUCGUCCUUCACAAUGGAGCUUAUCAAAAAGCGGUUAAAGGAGUUUGGGAUAUUUGUUCCGUCUAGACUUAAGAUAUUUAAGACUAAGCGGAGAUUCGUUGCCGGGCCAUUUGACGUUGAACCGAUUAGGGUUACGCACUCUAUUCCAGAUUGUUCCGGGUUGGUUUUCCGAUGUUCUGAUGGAACUAUUCUUCACACAGGAGAUUGGAAGAUAGACGAGUCACCAUUGGAUGGGAAAGUUUUUGACCGUGAGGCUCUAGAAGAACUUUCAAAAGAAGGAGUGACUUUGAUGAUGAGCGAUUCGACAAACGUACUCUCACCGGGAAGGACACUAAGCGAGUCUGUAGUGGCAGAUUCGUUAUUAAGACAUAUCUCAGCUAUCCAAGGAAGAGUUAUCACCACUCAAUUUGCUUCAAACAUUCAUCGGCUCGGUAGCGUAAAAGCUGCCGCUGAUUUGACUGGACGCAAAUUGGUAUUUGUUGGUAUGUCGUUAAGGACUUACUUAGAAGCCGCGUGGAAAGACGGAAAGGCCCCUAUUGAUCCUUCAACGCUGGUGAAAGUAGAAGAUAUUGAAGCUUAUGCACCAAAGGACUUACUAAUCGUCACAACUGGUUCUCAAGCAGAGCCACGUGCUGCGUUGAAUCUUGCAUCGUAUGGAACAAGUCAUUCCCUCAAGUUGAAUAAAGAAGACGUGAUUUUGUACUCUGCAAAGGUAAUACCAGGUAACGAGACUCGAGUGAUGAAAAUGCUGAAUCGAAUAUCGGAAAUCGGAUCGACAGUAGUGAUGGGGAAGAACGAGCUUCUGCAUUCAUCUGGUCAUGCCCAUCGUGAAGAACUCGACGAAGUGCUGAAAAUCGUAAAACCCCAACACUUCCUACCCAUUCAUGGAGAACUCUUAUUCUUGAAAGAGCACGAGUUGCUUGGAAAGUCAACCGGCAUUCGACAUACUACAGUCAUAAAGAAUGGGGAAAUGUUAGGAGUGUCCCAUUUGAGGAAUCGAAGAGUUCUAUCAAACGGCUUCAUUUCCCUCGGUAAAGAGAAUCUGCAGCUGAUGUAUAGUGACGGUGACAAAGCAUUCGGUACAUCAACCGAACUAUGUCUCGAUGAAAGGGUGAGAAUAGCAUCCGACGGUAUUAUAGUCAUUAGUAUGGAAAUUAUGCGGCCACAAGCAACAGAUAAUUCGGUCGAGAAGGUCUUGAAAGGGAAAAUAAGAAUCACAACACGAUGCUUAUGGCUCGAUAAAGGUAAACUAUUGGACGCGCUUCACAAAGCCGCACACGCAUCACUGUCCAGCUGUCCCGUGAGUUGCCCCCUGGCCCACAUGGAAAGAACCGUGUCUGAAGUUCUGAGAAAAAUGGUGAGGAAGUACAGUAGCAAAAGACCAGAAGUGAUAGCUAUUGCUAUCGAGAAUCCAGCUGGCGUUCUUGCCGAUGAAAUCAACGGAAAAUUAUCCGGGAAAUCGCGUCCGGGAUCCGAGAUUGCAGCAUUGAGACGAGCAGUUGGCGGGCAUGAAAAGAAGAGACAGCCUGUCGCUGUAGUUGACGAAGAUGGCAAUGGUCUUCCACUUGCAACGAGUACCCCCGAACCAGAGUUACAAGUUCAAGAAACCGAUGAGAAAGUUCAAGUUAAGGAAGUAGCUAUCAACGAGUCCGACGAUUUUUGGAAGCCGUUCACAUCCUCUUCGGUGCCCAUUCAAUUAGACAGCAACAUUGAUUUGCUUCCGGAAGAACAGAAAGAAGAGGCCAAAGAAGAAAUCGGCGAUGAGGUCAUUGCUGAGGUGGCAAAAUCUCAAGUAAAACCUUCCAAGGCUGCAAAGCCGAACAAAUGGAAACCCGAAGAGGUGCAGAAACUCAUUAAGCUGCGUGGGGAGCUCCACAGCAGAUUCCAAGUUCUCAAAGGGCGAAUGGCUCUUUGGGAAGAGAUAUCGUCCACUUUGUUGUUGGACGGAAUUACGAGAAGCCCUGCGCAGUGUAAAUCUCUUUGGACUUCCCUUCUUCAGAAAUACGAGGAAUGUAAGGGCGACACGAAAACCCAAAAGAGCUGGCCGUAUUUCGAGGAUGUAAACAAUAUCCUAUUGAAUUUAGAAUCUAAUGCCUCCAAAUGAUUUCUAAAUGCAAUUUGCUGCUUUUUUCUUAAGAAAGCAAAAAUCUUACGGCGGGUGGAAAAAAACAGCUUGCUUUACCGGACGCUGAGAAAGAAAAUCGAGGAGCUGGAUUAAAUCACACCCGGCGACCGGGAUUGAUAUGAUAGGUAGCCGGAACAAGUUUAAUUUUUAUCAAGAAUUAUAAGAUAAGCUCAAGGUUUUGAAUUAUUGUAAUUUGUGUACUUUGGACACAAAAUAUAUUGUGUAAAAAGAAUCAAUUUUGUAGACUAGUCUCAUUUUCUAUAAAAUCUGUUCUAUGAGUA